AUGGUUGACAAGACGUUGGAAUGUCUGCUGGAAUUGUGUGAUAGCAAUGCCAUUGAUUGUGUGCCAAACUCGGAGAGCCCACUGCCAACCAUAGCGGAAGUGCCUCGGACUCUAUGGGAGCCCCCGCUUUACGACAGUACAAAUUGUAAUACGAGGUAUCCAUUCAAUAGUACAACAGAAGACUCAGUAAAUGUGCUCAAUGUAGCGCCGAUUCACCCGAAAGUGGCCCAAAAGUCUCCCCUAAACGCGAUGAUGCCGUUCGCCAACCUUUUUUCACCCAAAGUUAAUCAAGCGUUUAAUAUUAGCGGCAAAACUAGUCAUUUGGCGCCCAAAUCGAAAGACACUGAUUUGAAAGACGAAAUCAAGCAAAUGAUUCAAAAUCGCCGCAAAGUAUUAGUAUUGAUGAGAGGACUGCCCGGCAGUGGAAAGACAACAUUAGCUAACUUUUUGGUUUAUGGUUCCGAUGGCAUAAUCUUAAGUACAGACGAUUACUUUAUAAAUAACGGCAACUAUCGGUUCGAUGCCUACCAAUUGCCUAUCGCUCACGAGUGGAACCAAAAGAGGGCUCAAAAGUAUAUCGAGAACGGGAAGACACCGGUUGUGAUCGACAACACAAACCUCGAGGGCUGGGAAAUGAGGCCUUAUGUGAGUCUUGGGUAUCAAAAAGACUAUAAAAUAUAUUUCAUAGAACCCGACACUCAUUGGAGUAGAAAUCUGAAAGAGUUAUCCAAACGUAAUAUCCAUGGAAUUCCUAAAGAGAAACUCGAAUUAAUGUCUCACAAGUUUGAGAGACUCACUGUCGAAGACGUCGUCAAGAGCUUACCCUCAAGUCAUUCGCUCCAGAAGUCAAACUCUGACGAAAAGGUCAACAAAAUAUCCAAAGUGUCGACAAAUGGCGCAAAACAAUUGAUUUUGCGGUCGAGUAGUAGUCCGUCGAAUGCUUUUGCGAAAACAAUUAAUAAUGAUUGCGAAGAAUUGCCUCAAUUAAGCGCACAAUUAGCUGACAUGACGUCCACGUCAUCUCCGAACUCAACAGAGCCGACAUCUCCGGUCACAGAGAAUCAAAUAGACAUUGAUUUGCUGUUAGCUCUCAAUCAACGCAACACAGACUCUGAGGACUGCUCUUCCGUUAACGCAUCUGAAGGCGGAAGUAGUUGUGGUCAAGAGUCUGGAUGGGAGAGAGACGACGAGUUUACAUAUACUCACAAUGAGCAGCCAUUUCCAACUCCUAGUUCUUCGUGUAGUACUCAACCACUAAUUGAUAAUUCCCUUUUGGAUCCCAAGUCUCAAAGCGAUAGCAAACAGAAAAAUGCGCUCAAAAAUGAUUGUUUGAAGGAAGAGAGCGCUGAAGACAUGGCGUGCGAAGAGCCCUGGGAAGCGACCAACGUUUCAGACAAAGUAAAUUGUGGUGCGAGUAGUAGUCAUCAAGAGAUGAGUCUUUCAGCGAUUAACAAACGAAUGUUUAGUUUAGUCGGUGUCCCGAAAUCCAAUUGGGAAUUCCCUCCCUUUCCUAUCAAUGAUCUGAACAAUAAGGCCGACAAGGAUUCAGAGGUUUGUCUCUCGUUUUACUCGCGAUCCUCACAAACUGAACUCAAGGAUUGGGCGCUUCUGGAACUCAAACAAUACAAUAAAGACUCCAACGAAGGCUUAGAAACGGAAGACAUGGACGGAGAAGACCAACCGAUUGAGACUAAAGUGAAUCCGAAAAAUGAUUUGAAAGUACGGCUCCAUAAGGGGACGAUUACCACCGAUAUUCCCGAUGACUUGAGUCGCGACCAGAAGUUGAAUACUUUGCGCGAA